UCUGUGUGUUGAGUGUGUGAGAGGCGUUCCCAGAGGUGCCAGGCAGCUCAGUGUGAGUGUUGUGUGUGUGUGUGUGUGGCGGUGCCAGACAGCUCAGUGUGUGUGUUGUGUGGCGGGGACUGUGUAUGUGUGAGUUGCCGCCCGCGGGCACACAUUGACGAUGCCGACACGGAGCGGGCUGCUGGUUCGAGACGCUGCCCAGCUCGUCCUGGUUUGUGUGGGUGGCGAACAGUACCUGACCAGAGGUGACAUGCGGGACGUGGCGCUCAUUGCUGGCGGUAGCCUUGUGAUCGGAAGAGAUGGGCUGAUUGAGGCUGUGGGGCCUGCGGAUGUUAUCCAGUCCCGGUACCGAGGAGUGGAGUUUGACCAAGAAAUAGACGCGAGUGGAAUGUGCGUCCUGCCCGGACUGGUGGAUGCACACACACACCCGGUCUGGGCUGGAGACCGAGUCCAUGAAUUUGCCAUGAAGCUGGCGGGGGCAUCGUACAUGGAGGUCCACAAUGCUGGAGGAGGGAUACACUUCACCGUGGAACACACCAGGAAGGCUACAGAGGAAGAGCUGCUAGCCAGCUUGAAGCAGCGGCUGCUCUCCAUGCUGAGGGCAGGGACCACGCUGGCCGAGUGUAAGAGUGGAUACGGUCUGAAUCUGGACACUGAAGCCAAAAUGCUCCGCGUGAUCGAGCAAGCUCGAAGGGAUCUCAGCAUCAGCAUUUCGUCCACAUACUGUGGUGCUCAUUCUGUCCCCAGAGGCAAGACGAUGGCGGAAGCAGUGGAUGCAAUCGUUAAUGAUCAGCUGCCCAAACUGAAGGAGAUGAUGGAGAAUGGUGAAUUUCACAUCGACAAUAUCGAUGUUUUCUGUGAGAAAGGAGUCUUUGACCUGGAGGCCACCAAGACUAUUUUACAGGCUGGAAAAGAGUUAAAUCUCCAGCUUAAUUUUCAUGGUGAUGAACUUCAUCCAAUGCAGGCAGCCGAGCUCGGCGCUGAACUUGGUGCUGCUGCCAUAAGCCACCUGGAGGAAGUGAGUGAUGCUGGAAUUGCAGCCAUGGCAACCGCUAAAUCAUGUGCUGUGCUCCUCCCAACCACUGCAUAUAUUCUGAGGCUUAAAACCCCACGGGCUCGAGAUAUGCUUGAUGCUGGAGUGAUUGUUGCUCUGGGCAGUGACUUCAACCCGAAUGCACACUGUUUCUCAAUGCCGAUGGUGAUGCACAUGGCGUGUGUCACCAUGAGGAUGAGCAUGGCUGAGAGCCUCAUCGCCGCCACCAUUAAUGCCGCCCACGCACUUGGAAGGUCCACGUCUCACGGCUCCCUGGAGGUGGGCAAGGAAGGCAACAUCAUCAUCAUUAAUGCACCCAGGUGGGAGCAUUUGAUUUACCAGUUUGGAAAUCAUCGGGACAUAAUCAAGUAUGUCAUCACCAAAGGAAAAAUUGCACACGAAAAUUAAGUUGUCUCGGUUAUUAAUAUUCAGAUCCUCGCCUGAACUCCGAACCAUUCUGAAGGACUGAUUAUGAAUUUGAACACCCGUGUUAUUGGCAGCCAUGUUUCACGUUUAAAAUGGCCCUCAUACAAACAUGGACAAGAGAAGGCGAUGAAGAUUGAUGGCUUCUAGGAUAAUCAGAUAUCAUGUGAAAAAUAUCUUAA